GCUCCUUGCUAACUCACUGUCAUAAGGUGAGCCUCGUUAUGGUCCUCUUGCCCUAAUCGCACUUUUUACGUUUAGGCCACCGGUAUUUCUAACAUGGAAAAAGACGCUCUCCAGCAUGAUUCCCGCCGAUCCCCAGUGGUCUGCACCCACGGCUGCGUAGUGUGCGCCCAGCCCUUAGCAGGGCAGAUCGGCAUAGACGUCCUAAAGGCUGGGGGAAAUGCAGCAGAUGCAGCCGUAGCAGUGGCUGCAGCAAUGAAUGUGACGCAACCAACUUCUACAGGGAUUGGAGGAGAUGCAUUUUGUCUGUAUUAUGAUGCACAGACUAAAAAAGUUCUUGGAUUGAAUGGAAGUGGUCGAUCUCCGAGCACUUUAACUGCAGAACAUAUUCAACAAGAAGGUUUUAAUGAAGACAAUCCCAUCCCUGUAAACCAUGGACAUAGUGUCACAGUGCCUGGUGCUGCUGCAGCCUGGGUGGACACUGUGGAAAGAUUUGGGAGUAAAAAACUUUCCAUGGAGCAAAUUCUUACCCCUGCCAUUGACAUGGCAGAAAAUGGAUUUCCAGUGAGCCAGGUAGCUGCUGUCAUGUGGGAUGCAGGUUCUCACCUGUUCCGUGUGGGUAAAAACACUGAUGGGAAAGAUUUUCUAAUCAAUGGACGUGCACCCAAGUGGGGAGAAAUCAUGAAGUUGCCAGCACUUGCCAAAACUUUCAAGGAGCUUGUUGCUAAGGGAAAAGAAGGAUUCUACAAGGGCAGAAUAGCUGAAGCCAUUGUAGAUGUUGUUCAGAAAUUUGGAGGUCUUAUGUCUUUGGAAGAUCUGGCUAGUCAUGAGACAACAUUUGAUGAACCCAUAUAUGUAGACUAUAAGGGAGUGAGAGCCUGGCAAAUGCCUCCCAAUGGACAAGGAAUUACUGCACUGAUGGCACUAAACAUUUUGGAAGAGUUUGACUUAAAAAGCAUGGGUCAUAACACAGCACCAUACUUACACACACUGAUUGAGGCACUGCGUCUUUCUUUUGCUGACAGCUUAAGCUACAAUGCAGAUCCCAGUUGUGUCCAUGUGCCAGUUAAGGGGAUGUUAGCCAAAGACUAUGCUGCCAAAAGAAGAAAUCUUAUGUGCAAGGAUAAGGUGAUGCCAGAGUGCCUCAGAGGGUCUCCUGAGAUGUGCAGUGACACAGUGUACUUCUCAGUGGUUGACAGCCAAGGCAAUGCUUGCUCUUUCAUCAACAGUAAUUAUCAAGGCUUUGGCACAGGACUAGUUCCAGAAGGCUGUGGUUUCACAUUGCAUAACAGAGGACUAAACUUUUCCUAUGAGCCCUCUCACCCCAAUGUGAUUGGUCCUAGCAAGAGACCUUACCACACCAUUAUCCCUGCUAUUGUUACCUCUCCAGAUACAGGUGAGCUUUUGAUGAACUAUGGAGUAAUGGGCAGAUUUAUGCAGCCACAGGGUCAGGUCCAGGUACUCCUUAACAUGCUGGAGUUUGGUAUGAAUCCCCAGGAAGCACUGAACAAACCCAGGUUCUGCAUAGAUCCUUUGACAAAAGGUGCUGUGAGUCCAGUUUCAUUUGAAGAUGGUGUUCCAGAUCCUGUGCUUCAGCAGCUUAAGGCUAUGGGGCACGAAAUUAAAGGUCCUGUCUAUGGCUAUGACCGUUUUCUCUUUGGUCGAGGUCAUGUGAUCACCAGAGGAGCUUGGUGGGCAGAUGACAAGUCAGGUGACAUAGCAGACGACAGCAGCGUUUUGUGGGCAGGGACUGAUCCAAGGGCAGAUGGAAUCCCAAUAGGGUUUUAAUGAAAAUUCAUUUUAGGAUUAGAAGCCGUUAGAGACAAUAAAUUUUAAUGCUUUAAUUUGAUAUUUAUAAAUUUUGUAAUUUUAACUGCCACUUUAUUAUUCAUACUUAUAUUUAGUAGGCAAGUACUAAUUCUUUUACAUUUUUUAAUGACAAUGCAAAUAAUUUUUACAUCUGAAUGUGAUAAAACAUUUUUGUGAUCUUUUAUUUUAAAUCCACAAAGUAUCAUUUUUUGAAUUAGCUUAAUGUCAUUACACCCAAUACAUUUGUAAAUGAUAAUUUAUUACCUGGUUACCAAAUUGGUAUAUCUUAGAUUUCCCCUUCAUGAAAUCAAUGAAAUAGGGGCCAUUUUCAAACUUAAGCUGGCAUUA